AUGCAAGUAUUUAUCACACUAAUCGUUUGUAAAUUAUUAGCCAAACUGCUAUCGUUUAUUCGUCAACCACAAGUUAUUGGACAAAUUAUUACCGGUAUUAUCUUCGGACCAUCAGUGUUAGGCUAUGCGCCCGGCUGGACAAAUGCCAUAUUUCCAAAAUCAAGUUUAACGUCAUUUCAACUGAUUGCUAAUUUGGGUCUGAUCUUUUUCAUGUUUUUCCUUGGUCUAGAAUUGGAAUUAGACCAAAUUAAAAAAAAUUGGAGGUUCACGUUGCCAGUUGUCUGCACAAGUAUAUUAAUACCGGUGGGAGUAGGAUGUGCUGCUAGCCUAUGGUUAUAUGAUAUGAAUGGGCCAACGACCAGUAAAGCCUCGUUUAUACUAUUUAUAGGUAGUGGAAUUGGUUUUUCAGCAUUUCCUGUAUUAGCCUCGUUGCUUAACAAUCUUGGUUUAUUAACAAAACCUAUCGGUGUUCAAACAAUUUCUUUAGCUGCUGUUGAAGAUAUUGCUGUAUGGGUCAUAUUAGCUGUGGCUAGCGCAUUUAGUAAUGGUGGUAGUGCACUACAAGGUCUCUACACUCUUUUACUGACAUUGGCAUUUAUUAUCAUUAUGGCACUCAUUAUUCGUCCUAUACUUGGGCGAAUACAUUCGUAUUAUUUGAAACGAGACAAUGAGACUAAUAUUUAUUUAGUUGUCGGAUGUUUUAUGUUAUUGGUCGUCGCUGCAUUUACCACCGAAGUUAUGGGUAUUCAUGCAUUUUUUGGUGCAUUCAUAGCUGGUCUCUGUAUUCCGCGUAAAGGAACAUUGACAGAUUUCCUUGCAUUGAGAAUUGAAUUAAUUAUUGUGGAAUUUUUUCUACCAUUGUAUUUUUGUAAUUCUGGUCUACAAACACAAUUGAAUCUGUUGGAUAAUGGUACGUCAUGGUGGACACUCGUUGUUCUCGUUCUUUUAGCGUCGACAGCUAAAAUCGUGCCCGUUUCAAUCGCAACAAAAUUUGCUACCAAACAACCGUGGGAAUAUUGUUUGUCUGUGGGAGUGUUGAUGAACACCCGAGGUAUUGUACAACUGGUUGUACUCAAUAUCGGUGUACAAUUAAAAGUAUUAUCACCGAAAAUAUUCGCCAUUUUUGUUUUAAUGGCAACAUUAAUGACAAUGAUGACGUCACCUCUCUUAUAUUUGUUGUACAAACGGCGUUAUGAACCGAAAGAAACGAUGCACAUGGCCGAAGAACUAGCUCUUGUGAAGAAAGCUGCAGAGGACAGCAUUAGUUUCAUUCAAGGCAGUACACCCGACAUGGAUGCAGGACAGAGAAAAGCCACGGCAACCUCUUUUGAUACAUACGUUGCCUUCGGUAAUGUAACUCUGGGUUCACCUGUUUUGGAUCCACGUUCGAGUGGCACACAACCUGCGGUUAUUGGAAAAAUUGUACAAAUGCCGGUGUGCCCGGGCAGAUCGAUUUAUAUGACAAGGUUUUAA